UCUCUUUCCUUGCAAAUGUAUGGUUGUCGGGUCAUUCAGAAAGCAAUCGAAUGGGUUUCCCCAGAUAUGCAAGUUUCGAUUAUUAAGGAAUUGGACGGUUGUGUAAUAAAAUGUGUAAAAGAUCAAAAUGGGAACCAUGUGGUUCAAAGGUGUGUGCAGUUAGUACCUGCGGACCAUCUUCAGUUUAUUGUGGAUUCCUUCAAGGACCACGUAAGUGUCUCCCAAGUGCUCCGCAUUUUAUUUCUCUACUUGGCUCUGUUGCUUCCGCGGUGCCUGUUAACGAUGUUCCACAACAAAAACGGUACUUGUGUAUUCACACCCCUUCUGCACACAUACGGUGCAUUGCGAUUCUUUAUGUUUUUUAUCGCUCAACCAUUCCCUCUCAAUGUGUCGAUGGGGUUCAUAGUCAUUUUCGUUAUAAACGGAAUCCGGAGUACGAAAGCUCGAAGGCGAUGGUUGUGA